ACAUACAUUAGGAGUUUGAGUUGUGUUUGUGAGUGCCAUUUACACCAGCAACGGAGAGACAGACACAACGUGAGUGACUAGUUAUCGAGCGAAAAAGAUAAAACGUUUCCAUGGCAGCAAUUGAAAUGGACACAGUGGCGGGCCUAACGGGGUUCACAGACGCGAUGAAAUGCGUGUUUAAUCUCCACAAGCAGUACAAGGCGAAACUAGCUGCCAGUACAGACUCUUCGUGGAACAAUGAGUCGGUUGUCAGGGAAAUCGCUACGGGGCUAACUCCCGAACAUAUGCUGAUGUUCAACUCCAAGAACAGUAAAGGGAAUACAGUGAUGCACUGUAUAGCGGUGUACACUAAGAAACAACCCCAAUCACAGAAGCUGCUGGAGCUGUUUGAUGUUGUCAUCCUAUUGUCACCCUUCUGGUGGUGUCAGGAGAAGGAGCUGCAGGCCCCUGAGGAUGACAAAACACUCCAACGUUACAAGCGGGAUGCUGUUCGUUUUUUAACCAUGUCAUUAAAGAAUGGUGACCAGCUGUCUGUUCUUGAGUUGGCGUUCCAAAUAGGGGCUACCACAAUAGUAGAGAAACUGAUGAAGAUGGAACAGGUGACGUGUUCACACAAGAUGUACGUCAAGGACGUCUCUUACAGAUGGUAUGACAUUACCCAUAUCACUCCUCAGACAAGCAUACAGACAGGCACGGAAACAAAACAGUGCUGUUUGGAAGGGCUAGUUUCACACUUACCGGACACUACAAAUGACAUACUGAACUUGCCACCUGUGCAGAAGAUCGAACAGAUGUACAGCUCAGUCGCAGCUAAGAUAUACGCUGUUAUCACAUUAGUGCAUGUCCUGUACAUGACAGCAUUUAGUGCUAUCUGUUGUUUGUUGAUGGAAAGAAGACAAACAGUUGACAAGGAGCCCAUUCGGACAGUAUUAGCCUUCUACUCCGUAGGUUUGAUUGAACCCAUAUUAAUCACCGCGUACUGGCUCCAUCGGAUGUACAAGAAUGUCGACUGCCGACCACGGUGCUGUUGCAUGACCUGUUUCCACUUUUCCAAACCUAACACACCGGUGACCUUGGUCUACGUCCUCAAGGCUUUUGCAUGGCCAAUCUGCUACAUGACAUUUGUAUGCUUGGUACUUGCGUUUAUGAUCACGUUUUUGGUCCAAGGAUCCGGUGGAAUACAUUAUCUGAUGUCUGUGACUCUAUUGUAUGGCUGGUUGCUAACGUUUGCCUUUGCUAAGGGAAUAAGGGGAGUUCGCUUCUUCCUCAACGUUAUGUUUAAAGAAAUCCUUUUGGAUGUGGUGAAGGUCAUUUUGGUCUAUGUGGUCUUUCUACUGGGGUUUGCUCUGGCGCUGCACUCACAGUUCUUGGAUGCCCCGAAUACAGUAGCGAAGUACAGAACACCUCUCCAAACGAUGUUCCUUCUCUUUAACGUCAUGCUGGGGAUAACGGAAAUGUGGGAUGGAAAUAUGGAGGGACAACUAGAGGCUAGUGGAACGGCACCAGUAUUCAGUCAACUCUUGUACAGUGGCUAUAUUUUGCUUGUAACCAUCUUGCUGUUGAACCUUCUGAUAGCCAUGAUGGUUAAAUCCUACACCAGUGCCAACUACGAACAUCCAGUGUCGUGGAAAGUGGAAAGCAUCCAACUCGGACUGAUGGUUGAGAAUGCCGCUCCUUGGCUGUCGCGGCUGCUUGGUACAGGGUCCAUUCGUUCCGGGAGGGUCUUCGACGACGACACAGAUCCGGAUUUGCACGUAUGGUACAUUCAAGUGGGACACGAGAAGAGCGACUACAGAACCACGGGCAGGCGUCCUGAAAGAUAUGCCGUGACGCAUGUCGAGGACAAGAGCGAAUGUUUAACCUGUAAACGCCGUGGUGGAGGGGGCAAUUCGGAAGACUAUGACAAGCUCAGAGACAACAUUGAAGCACUUGCGCAAAUUAUGAAUACCAGCACAUCGGAGCUCGAAAAUACGGUGAAUAGCAGAAUAUCCUCAACAAAAAAAUCGGUACAUAAAACCAGAAAACUGGUUGUGGAUGAUGUUCAAAAAUUGAAUCAAAGGUUUUCGGAUCUUGCUGAGAGCGUUGAGAAUGCAUUGACAAGAAUCGCCGAUAUACAGGCGACAUUGAAAAAACAAGCAGUGCAUAAGAAACAAGCAGAAACGAAGGUUGCCGCUACACCAUCAGUCACAAAUGAGGGAAAAACGGAGCCAAACACUGCCGCAAAUGCUUGGACAUGAAAACGUAUUUGAUGUUUUCAUCAUCAUAUCUGCACAUAUGAGAGACUUGUAUGAUCACUCUUUCGUUUUGCUUUUAUUUAAUUAUCUAUGAUUGAAGUAGACAGUGAUAUAGCUAACUUCCAAGGCCAUUGUUUCCCGCAACGACAAAGUACACGUGAUACUGCUGCAUACCGUUUCUUCUUAAGAGAAGAGGUGGUGGGGUAGCCUAGUGGUUAAAGCGUUCGCUCGUCACGCCGAAGACCCGGGUUCGAUGCCCGACAUUGGUACAAUGUGUGAAGCUCAUGUCUGGUGUCCCCCGCCGCGAUGUUGCUGGAAUAUUGUUAAAAGCGGCGUAAAACCAUACUCACUCACUCUUCUACAAAGAAAAUAAAUAUGAAAGUAUUGACUUGUUAUUCCCUUACUGACUGUGAUACCACGAGACUGAUAUGGUUAACUUAGCCUUUAUUUUGUAAACUAUUUUCUUUCCCCGUGAAAUGAAAAAAUGACACGAAAUAUUAAUAAUUGCUUUAUUGAUUCUUAAUUUUGAAAAGGGUGUCAUUACAGGAUACAAAGUUUUAGAAAACUUUAUGUCCAUAAAUAUUACAUAUUUUAGUUUUAUUAAUAGAUACUUAUAUAGUGUGUGAUCUAGUAUAAAACCGACUGUAUAAAGCAUCAUGCCAUUACGGGAACGUCAGAGUAGUUAUAGUGGUAGUGAGAGGAUAUACUAUGUAUAUUCAUAAUUACAGUGGCUAUAGUUGGAUCUGAAUUUUUCUAUAUAUGUUGCUGUUUAUGCUUGUUGCACUGUAUAACAAAAUAAAGAAUCUCAUAAACAUUGA